UCCUCCCCACUAUUCGAUUGCGCACGGAAUUGUGCAUUGUGCACUCUGCUGCAUUGUGCACCGAGUCAGUAGUUAGCGAGGAGGUGAAAUAAAAAGGAAUCUUUGUUGUUAUGAAACAUAAUUUUAAUUAGCAAUACAUAUGGAUUUUGUCAUUGUAUAAUUCAACACUUGAAUGACACUGAACUAUACGAUGUCAAUGAAUUUUACAAAUUAAAGGUUUUCAAUCGAUUCGAGGGUGAAGAUCAAAGGGGGUGAAAAUGUUGGAAGAGGUUGCAAACAUCUGGGCCGUAGGGCUGCAUUCGCUUUUCGAUACAUCCGAAUUUACGCCGCUGGUUCCGAAUCUAUGGGACAAACAAUUCUCCAAUGUACAACACAUAAACGAUGCAAAAGUAAAAAAAGCUGAUGUCCUCACCGGAUACUUAGUCCUAUUUUGGGUGAUCUUAUAUCUUAUGUAUGAAAAGUGCCUUAACUCACUGCUACGCCGUAUGCGUAUACCAUUGAUGCAACGGAGUAGAAUAAUUGAGGCUGUGUGGAAUUGUGGAUUUUGCUUUGGCAGUAUUUGUUAUUUAAAAUCAUCCAAUGUCGCAACACUAAAUGUCUUCUCUGGAGAACGUAAAGUGACUUACGAAGAGCUGGGAGUGAUCCUACAUAAAAGCUUUUAUUUUCAUCGAGCGGGAAUAGAGAUUUUCUGUAAUGGAGCUUGGACAAAGGGCUGGGCAAAUUUGCUAUUUGCAUCGUUCAUCAUGAACCCUUACGAAGAAAAAUGGUGUACAAUUGUAAGCACUUUCCUGUUUUAUAAGGCAAUUGAUACAAUUCUUGUAAAUUUAUGUAGAAUUUUGUUAUGCGUACCACCAUCUGGUGGCAAGAAACAAGCCAAACUAUUUUUCUUCGUUCAUUGUCUUACCUGGACAUACCUGUAUGUAUUCUUUGUGCCCAAAUUAAUGUUAUGGCCAGGGAAGGCCAAUUAUACACGAGUAGAGCUAGGCUUAUGGCUGUGGUUUAUUGUAGAGUGUAUAGAUUCGGUGUGGUUUAGACUGAUUGGAUGUGCAAGAGCUAUUCAUUGGCUUGAGAUUUGUUUAUUUCCACCUCCAACGUGGGAGGCAAUUGAACUAGCAGAAAUCCAGAAAAAGCAUAGGGAUUCUUUAAAGAAAGUUGUUCACAGAUCAAAAAAGACUGAACUAUGGCAGACUAUGCUCUGUGCAAUAGCUAUUAAAAAAAAACUUAAAAGGAUUCGGCAGGCUAAGCAAAAUGAACCUGAAUCAAUGCUUGAUUCAAAUGAAAUGAACUCAUCAGAAACAGAUGCAGUGGACGAGAUUUCUAGAUACCGGAAAUGGAAUGCAAAAUUGGAUGAAUCGUUUAUAUAUAAUUCCUACAACAACACUCAAACGAAAGUUGCCUGAAUUUACAAUCUUUAUUUCGAAUUUCAAUAACUUUAUAUGUAUAGCGUAUUGGUAUUAGUUUUUAAUACAAAAAACGGUAGUCAAAAGUUUUAUAUAUUUACGCCUAUGUAGAUAAAGAACUCAACCAUUCGCAUGCUUGUAAGCUAAUGGCAAAUAUAGCAAGCUGAGCGUGUUGUAACACACAAAUUUUAUAAUUGUUAUAUGCUAAUUACAAGCACAGUGACAUCAGAAUUUUAAUUAGCCAAGGUUUUGUGAUAUGAAAUAAGCUUUAACUAUAAUGCGAACUUUUUGGGCAUGUUAGAAUUUUUGAUAAUAAGAUAAUGGUGUACAACUGAUUAACCAAAGAGUCAUAAUGGAUAUAAUAAGAUCUCUGAAAUAAGGUAUCGCCGGUUGAAUGAAAGGAGUAGAUCGCAAACGGUUGAACAACUAUAUGAUAUAUAACAACAAAAAUAUGAUUCAAGUAACACGCUGUUCCUAGAUAUAUAAAGUUUUAUUUCCGAUCAUUCUGGACUGUGUCAAUAAAAUAUAGUACAUGUAUUUAGGCUGAAUUGUUCCACGAUGUUAUACAGUUUAAUGAAAAAUAUUAUAAACGAACGUUGUUCGAAUAAAAUUGUAUUCAAUACGCCGACAGCGUACACGCCUCGAUAAUAUAUCGUCGUAUUUCUAAAAAUCGUUAAAACAUCGGUUUAGAAACUUAUCGUGUAACAUGUUGCAUUAUACAAAUGUAUAACACAGUUUUCGAUCAGACAACAAUUAAUAUUAAAAUUACUGAAGCGACCUUAAUUUUCAUGGCAAUGUCUGUAUGCAGGGAGAGAUCCUAUUGCGAAUGUUUAAACGCAUGUCGUCUUUUGCCGCAAUUAAACAGUUACAAUUAUCAUUGUUUCCUUUCUGAUACAAUACAGGCAGGUCAUUUGAAGAUGAGUGUCGUACGAAAUGAUAUUGAAAGUGACCUUAACACACCGCUAUAUCAAAUAGAAACCAAUAUAUCUGUCAUUUCGUUUCUUAAUCGUGAAAGAUCUCCGAUUUAACUGUUCUAAGUUUUAGACAUUGAAUGUUCCUUUGUACUAUCGAAAUACAAGAAGUCUAAUAAAAUAAUAACAAGAUACAUAUCUGACAAUAAUGAAUACGGUACUCGAAGGAAAUUCUAUACGGCGACACCUGUUUACAUUUAUUACAUUCGACACCCAUCUUGAAACAACUUGUAUAAAAUGAACGCUUUUACCUGUAACAUUCGAAGCUGAAGGUAGGUAUGUCGAUAAAGAGUGACAUUACGCUUAAAUAAUUAACGUUAGUGUCUAAAAAUGAUCCUUGUCGCAGUCCCGAGAAGGUUUUUAGUCCGUGAAACGGUUACAUUGUUUCGCAUGGGUUUGAUCGUGUUAACGGAAAAAAGUCGUGUAAAAAGUGAUGGUACAGAAUCGGAUCGAUGAUAAAAGUUUUUAAUCAUAAUGUCGAUCGAUUGUGCGCUACACAGAACCCGGUUACUUCGCUGCGAUGAUUAUAUACUACGAUUCUUUGUUUCUUAAUACAGCAACACUUCUUUCCC